GGCUCCUUCUGACGACCCUCACGACUCUCUUCUGUACAUGUACUCUGCUUGACUUAUUCCCUGCAUGCCCCAUACUGCCUAAACUACCACUAUGCAUUCACGACCUGAGCUUUCGCUUGCUGCGCUUCUGAUACUAUCAUGGGCGGAGGACUAUGUCUUGGCGGAGCAGUAUACCGCGGUUCCAAGAUGGGGCCAAGCCGCUGCGCUGGUCAAUGAUGCCCUCUUCGUUCAGGGAGGCCGGACAGACCAAUUCAACGCGUUCGGCUACAGUUCUGCUCCAGUCACCAAUGACAUCCUCCUCCUUCCUUUGAACGCGACAUUCGAUCUCUCCUCUCCACCCUGGCAAUAUCUGGCCGGUUGCUCCAACUGCUCUUCAUCCCAAGGCCCCGCCGUGGCCUGGCACACCCUCUCCGCGUUUAACACUACCAACCUCCUUCUUUUCGGCGGAGAUGCUGGGCCGAACGGGCCUAUCGCAGAUCCAGAGGAGGCCGACUCAGCUGCGCUCCUCGACGUUGCAGACCCUGCGUCCCCAGUCUGGGAACUUGAGACGGAGUCGUGGGCGAGCGAGCCGCUCCGUCGAAUCUACCACUCCGCAUCGUCAACUGACGGCAAGAUAUGGCUGGUCGGCGGCGAGAAGACCGACGGUUCACAGAGCGCUUUUUCAGACCACUACGUCUAUGACCCGGCGGGGCCCUCCUUCACCCAGUUGCCUACCACGAACGGCCCUCCAGACAUCCUCGGGCAUACCUCGAUCGUUCUCUCUGACCAGCGGCUCCUUGUGUUCGGCGGUUACUCACCGUCGCAGAGCGCCCUCCUCCCAUUUUCAACCAUCUGGUCCCUGGAUACUACGCAGUCUACGCUCACCUGGUCGACGCUCUCAAUAUCCACCUCCAGUCUGCCGUCUCCUCGGCGCGGGUUUGCUGCGGCUUUUCUCGAUGAUGGCAAGGUUCUUAUCCAAGGAGGGGCAGAUGCGGACAUGCAGAACCUCUUCAGCGACGGCUGGGUGCUCGACACGACCCAGAGUCCCAUGGUCUGGAGUGCCGUCGACGCGCUUUCGCAGCUUGGCCCGCGGCGCGACCAUUUUGCCGUGGCAUUAGGUUCGGAGGUACUCUUCGGCUUCGGCUACGCUCAAUCCGCGCCUGUCAACGCCAGCCUCCUUCUGUUCGAUGCAUCGAAGGCCACAUUCCUGACCUCGUACACGCCCCCGGCAGCCGUCACCAGCCCGACUUCGAACACCGUACCCGGGCCAACCGCGACGGGCUCCGGCUCCGGCUCUGGCCAAUCGCCUUCAGGCACGGGAGGGGGCUCGACAGGAACACGAGGCGGAUCGUCCCCCUCGUCCACCGGGCUGCCUGGCAGCGGUGGGAACGGCUCAGGGAGCCCCAGCGACGGCAACGGAGAUGGCACAACGCCUGGACUGGACCCUGCAGGCGCAUCCAGCAGCAAGGCGCAUACGACCGCGGUCGCGGUGGGGGUAGUCGUGGGCGUUCUCGGGCUCUUGGCUGGGGGCGCUGCUGCGUAUUACUUGAGCACGCGGCGCCGAGCCUCGAACGAACGCUUCCACCUCCUUAGCCCCUCCGAUGACGACGAGAGCCCGCACCUGGGCCCCAUCAUCCCUGUCGCCCGCGCUGGUGCGAACAACGAGAAGCGGUUGCCUGUCGUGCAGUCUGUCCGGGAGACACUUGCUGGAUGGGUGCCUGGGCGAACAGCACGUCAUCCGAAGCGGCGCGACAUGUUGGCAGAAGAAGACACGAGGAUGUUCGACGAGCCGGGAUGGUACCAUGUUCAUCGGGACGGGAGCAUUGGGUCGUGGAGCACCGGACGUCCCAAGGCGACAAUCGGCGAUGUGGUACAGGGAUCGCUCACUUCUUUGCGGAACGUUGGUGGUGCGAUGCUCGCCUACGCUGCCGGUACCCGCAGCUCCAAGAACAGGGAAGCUAGCGGCACAUCGUCGGCAACCUAUUGGGAGAAGGACUCUUCGUACGAACCGUAUUCGGACAAGGCAGCCCUCGUGGGCCUUACGGGUCUUCCGCAGGCCGCCGCGAGACCGAAGGGUGGCAGGAAAGCCUCAUACACGUCGCAGUGGUCAUACUACGAGGACCCUUUCGCGGAGUAUGAUGUCGAUUCGUUCAAGCUACCCGGCGAUGACGAGUACGACUCCGAUCCCGUCGAGUUCGGACAGCCACCAUCUCUGGAGGACCCUCCGCCGCGCUCGCACAUGUACGCGCGGGCGAUGAACGACGUAACCCGUCUGUCCCCGCUCUCGGAGAAGCCGUCGCUGCUCACCGUUUCAGACCCCUCGGCGAGUUCUGACUCCUCGCACGCAUUUUCAUCACCGGUAUACACGAACUCCUCCGCCGAGCAGGUCCGUAGCCCCGCCCCCAGCGCCACGCCCCCGCACUCCCCCCGGCGCCCGUCGUCCAUCAUCGACGCGAAUCCGCCCAUCACGGCCUCCCUACGGCGCUCAGAUAGCUGGUGGUCCAAGUUCGCGAAGACGCCGCUGCUUGAACGCCUCUCCACAGACAGCUCCCGCACACAGCGCCCUCUCGAUUUCCGGGACCCGAACCCGCCGCCCCGGACGCUCGUGCCGAUCAAAGAGUCCUCGAACUCGCUGUCGCCCGACGAGCCACCUUCGCGGCAGACGAGCGGACGCAGGCGGGACGACCCGCUGUACGCGAGCGUGCACCACGGGCGCUCGGCGUCGUCCCUGCAGACGUCGCGGACGGCAGACUCGGAGAUGAUCGAGAAGAUGGGGCACACGAUGGACAUUGUGCAGAAGGGCACCGUCUCCUCGCACGCGAGCACAGCAAGCUCGGGCAGCGGGUCGACUGCAGAGCCUGGGCUGUCACCAACGUCCAUUGGUGACUACGAGCUCGGCGCGCUCGCGAUAUCCAUCCCCGAGCACGGCGACACAGACGUACCCGGGCUCAGCCUGGUGCAAUCACCAACGGCUAUGUCCCCCGCCCAGGCUGCUGGCUCCUCGGCCGUCCGCGGCGAGCCCCGGCGACCGAGCCCCCCUCGCCGGCUGAGCGUCGCUGAGCGCAUCGCAGCGCUCGAGCAGCAUGCGCGGCGCCCGCCGAACUCGCCCCCUCCCCCGAGCCGCUCCAAAAAGUCGCGGAGCAGUGUCUAUGGGCUCGCCCCGAAGCCCUCGCUCUUUGUCGCGAAUCCCGAUCGACGUAAUGGGAGCGGGGACUCAUGAUCUGCCCUGCGGGCGAUCUCGAGUCGUCGAUGGUCCAAUGCCGCCUUUCCCCGCUUACCAGAUCCCGUUGUCGCCCCCACCCCCAUCCCCAUCUGCAUCUUCUCCAACGGCUAGCCCCGCUCUGCGAUUGCAAUGUGCAAUGUGCAGCGUGGUGCAGCCGCCGCGUCGUGCCCGUGCUCGGUGCUCGGCGCAGCACCCGCCGCUUACUCAUUAGAUCCCGUUGCUGACUAUCUUUAUGCCGUGGACGAUUCUCCCGCUUGCAUCUGUAAUCCUUGUUGCUUUACGCCGACUUUGUCAGCCUCCUACCCUGCUCACGACUCAUCACGACCUCCGCCGCCCUACUGGCGGUUGCUUAUAUUGUGGACUUUCUUUGUGUGUUGUACUCACGCGCUGCUCCUCGCGGUGCUUCACGACUUUCACGAUUACGAUACGCCCGUUUGCACACUUCGAUAAAAUCUCUGUAUUCCUUUGUGCUUCGCCUACUGUGUUCAUACAAUUGACCGACGCGACGCCCGCACUGCGCGCGUCGGGACGCGCCCUUCUCG